CGUUGUCUCCUUCCAGUGUAUACUCCGGUCGCUUUGGACCAGUUUGGAAUGAGUCUGUGUAUCUUGUAGCUGAUGUUGCGAGCAGAAUUGUUCCUCCUAAUCUUUCUUCACUACUUUUCAAAAUUCAUCUUCGGACGACGUGCUUUAUGAAAUCAACGUUUGUAAAGAGUAGUUUAUUAUGAUAAAUGAUUGUUGAUGAAAUCUGAUGUAGAUCUAGAUCUACAUGCUUGACGGAUUGUGUUAUGAUCGAAGCUGGGUUUUUGUGAGUGUUGAUAGUGUUGUGGAUUUUGUGUUCGUGUUUGCUGAAAGAACAAGCUGUUUGUGACAGUUCUCAUCAUUUUUGUGGACGCUCCAGUAUAUUUCACGAACUGUUCAAAUUCUUUGGACUUCAGGAAGACGGAUAUAGAUCUAGCUAUUUUUGUGGUGAACGAAAUUGAAUGAGACCCAGGAAUGUGUUGAUCAUUUGGGAUAUUAUGAUGCCUUCUAUCUUGGGGCACUCUACAAAGAGCACUGAGAGUUUACCAUUCACGGACGUGUUUGUAGCUUGUUAUAUUGCUGGUGAUUAGGAGUGACAUUUCGCUCAUCAUUUUUACAUCAUAAUUAGUCAUAAUACAAGGAACAAGGGAUAUAAAGAUAAACUACUGAACCAAAGUUUGAACGAAUUAUAUCAGCUGUUGGAAGUACACGCCAAAAUAAACUUUAUAAACAUUGAUGGUUAUAUUGACGAUUCCAUUCAUGCGCAGCGAAGUUAUGCAAUUGUUUGGGAGUCAGGCUGCUUCAUCUACCACCAGCGACACUCUCCCCGUGGUCAGUCGUACUUUCUGUGAUAACGAAGGCGUGAUGGAAGGGAAAACUCCCUGCUGUGGGCAUGUGAUGAUGAGUACAGAAGAUUGUGUUGGUGGUGCCUGCUCUCUCCCGCCGUGCGGUGCCGGGUGCGAGUGUGAACAGUGUUGUGGUGUUGUGGUCAGCCCGGACCAGGGACGUGUGAGUGCCCUAAAGGCCAAGUGGUUCCGCUGGUCCCCCCGAUUGCGUCUGUGUCAUGCCUGGAUUCUCGUGCACCUGGGCGUGCACCGUGAUGCACCCGUGCGCUUCCGGGGUCGGAUCCUGAAAGCUGCAGGUUGGCUUGAGACCACCUUUGAGAAAAUGACGGCCGGUUCUAACAGUGAGAAUCAGUCGCCUAAUGAGAUGACAAGGGAGAACAGAGAUGAACUCAACAAAUUGUAUCAGCAACUUUUAGAGCAUGUGGCGUCAAUCCGGGUCCGCGGGGAGCCAAGCCGGGUGGAGAUAGAGUCCGUCCGCUCCCGUCUCCUAGACCUGCUGGAGCUGAGUGGUGUGAAAGAUGCUGAGAUCCCACAGUUUGAGGAGCCACACUCACUCAGACACAGUGGACACGGCUUGACCAACAGCUGUGGUGGCAUCAUGUCUAAGAGCUCCAGCCCCUGCACCCCACAGCGCAGCCGUCGCAGUCGCGGCAGGGACCCCUCCACCUAUGCCGACAUGCUCAUACAGCAGCUGAUGGCCCAGGCCAGCUCUGUCACAGACUCCGACACCUCCCCGCCCAGCAACGAGGAGAAAGAAUCCUCCUCCUCCUCUUCUGGUACUUCUGCCGCGGCGCAAGCCCUGCCUCUUUCUGUCGAGCUGGGGGAAACUCCUCUCAGCAGCACCGGCUACAACAACAACAAUAAUAACAACAAUAAUGAUGAUAACAGCGGUAAACCUGUACCGUUUCCUCAAAGUUUUUCAGGGUCGGACAAUAUCCCAACUCUGUCUGUCCCGCCAUGCACCCUGUCCCCGGCCCCUACAAUUCACUACCAGAUCCCUCCCAACAGUGAGACUGAGGAGCUUGGGGAGGACCGGGAUGAGCCCAUGGUGGAUGUGGUGACGCUGGAGAGAGACACGCCAAAGUUCUCAUGUGAGGAGGACAGGCGUAGCGCGUGUUACGUCACAACAGACAGUGGUGUCACAGGCUCAGAACAUUCCAAUGCAGUGGCCUCAUGCUGCACCUACGCUACAGUCACCCGCUCAGACAGCUUUGACUUUGCCGCUGUGUCCGGCAAUCAGAACGUUACCACGGGUUCAACGCCUGAGCUACCCACGUCGGGAUCUUCUGGUUCACUAGACAUUCCUUUUGCGUCGCUUUUUGAUAUUGACUGUUCUCAGCUGUUUCAAGAAGAUGAAGAAGUAGUAGAGACAUCGGGGACUUGCCAGGCUACUCCUGAUCCAACCACUCCUGUCCGCCACAGUGUGUCUUCUCCCACCUCCGCUUCCUCUGGUACAUAUUACAACUUUCCGACACGUUACUCGCAUUCGUAUGCGAGAGAGCUACAUGCUAUAGAGCAAGGUCGCCAUAGGUCUCAUCAGACAACAAUGGUGACCACUCCACAAAGUGAGUUUUGUUCUUCGAGCAGAAGUCCCCUCCCAAGUAGACCCUCCUCGGUACCUUGCGCUCAGAGUGACAGCCAAGACUUUGUGUUUCACGAACCUCUGGUUGUGUACUUACCUCCCAAGACAGAGCCUCGUCCUCCCAGACCUGUGGCUCCAUGGGACGACCUAGACUUCAACAUCAACAACAACUACAAGCCUCGUCUAGGGGACAAAAACGCUGCUGAGUUUGACUCAGACGAUGGGCUUGAUAAACGACCGCCUAUACCCCCACGGCGGCCUAUCACAGACUCAAAGAUUGGCCAGCUUGUGUUGAAGUCUGACUCGGCUCAGCUUGGGAAUCUGUGGCUACUGUCAGGGAAUUGUGGGGAAAUGUCUCCCUUUUCACGUCAGUUCUCUUCACAAAACAAUGCCGGUGGCAAUGAUGACUCUCAUGUCGAGGUCGAUGACUCUUAUCCUCAGGGCGCCACUGGUGGGCUAGGACAAAACUCUCCGGACUCUUCCUGGUCAUUCUACAACUUGACCAGUAGUCAGUGUCGCCCGGACAUCUCAGGCCACAACAGCUCAGGCUCUAGCCACUUCAUCACUGUCAGAGACAAGAAAGUCGGGGAUUCACCGGAGCGUUCGACUGUAGUAAUAAGUGCCUCCAAACGCAGGAAAGCGAAUGACAAAACAGCUUUGCCUGUUGAGGAAGAAACUGUUCUCAUGCGAUCAGCACGACAGAGGUUGAACUUCACACCAGUGACCCCAGCAAUGGAGCCAGAUUCCUUCUCAGCAAAACGGCUGACCUCCAGUUCCUACGUGAGGACUCCUGUCAACAGACUGUCUCAGACAAGACCCCGCAGGAAGAAACGGCAGUCACCCGCCAUGAGAAGACUGGCUCUGCAGAAGGAGAAUUCACCUCAAUCUCCGUCUUAUCUAGCCAGAAGUCCCCGUAAACCGCUGAAUGACCUCUACAAUAUCGUGGGAAACGACUCAUGCUUGUUGACGACUUCCUCAAACAGCCUCACUCCUUCCUCCGAGACAUACGCCAAGUCUAGUGACACAUCCCCUGACACACCGUUGCCCAGCAGAGAGGAAGAUUUGCUGGACAGAGACGCCUACUAUUGUGAUUUCACUGUGGACAGACAACAGAAGAUUGAAAGUGCCAAGAAGAUGGUGGUUGUUUCGAAAACAGAAGAUGUUAAUACUAAUAUUGAUACCACUCAGAACACUACUUUUGAUGACUCGGCACCAGAGCUGCUAGUCCGGCAGGUUGAAGGUGCAGAGAGUUCUCCCUCGAGCUUUGUCUUUCAGAUCCCAUCAUCCCCUGUGAGGAUGAACAGACCUGUACGCAGACAGCCCUGGGUCAGUGCCGGUCAGCGUCCUGGGUCUGCCUCACGUCAGCGUGCGGGGGGUCCACAGGGUCUGGUGUCCAAGCAGAGGUUGCCAUCUGGUGACCGACAUAGGCCGAGAUCGUGCCACGUACGGUCACCUUUAUCUCAGGCAACGCCGGCUCAUAAUGUUCGUUCUUCAUCACAAUCGUCGUCUUCCUCUCGCUCCUCCUCCCGCAGGAAGUACACCACUCACCCGAUGGCAUCCUCCACUCUAAUCAUGGAGUCCCCAGAGGCAGACACUGGCAGCGUGUAUACAUGGUCUAUAGAUGAGGAGUCCAGCUCAUGUAACUUAGAGAAGUCGUACCUACGCAGCACAAAGAAACCAGACAAGGGUAAAUCUUACACUCCCAGGCCAGCCACAUCUGUAGGUCGUGAUAGUCCAAGCCGUGAUAAUUCCCAGACAACCAGUACCUUUGAGAUCGGUGCCAUGGUGCAUGCAAUUGAUGAGGCAAUGCAGCAAACAAAUUCGGAAGCCUUCGAGACUUUUUCCAACGAGACAAUUAUCGGUGGAUCAUCGCUGAUGUCGGCAAAACCGAAGUCUAAGCGUAAUUAUUCGGCCAAAAAAGUUCUCGCUGCUGCUCCUUCUUUUCUUAAAAAGCGACUCAGCAUUACACGAGGAAGUUCCAUUGCUUCAUAUGGCUCCCAGCUCAGUGAUCCCUCUAGCAAUCAGGCCACCACAUCUUCUGCAUAUUUCAACCAGGCUAAAGUUUCCAUUUUCGGCUCAUCGAUGGAGCCCAGCGAGAUGGCAGAAAGCCAACACCAGUUGUCUGACAAUCCCGCACGUUCUCGUCGUUUGUCGUACUCUGAGCCGGUUUUACCCAACCAUUAUUACGACGACUCUGAUGAGUCGCCAGAACAACCGUCUGAGGCAUCUGGCUUAGGUGAGCGUUUAGACAUCCCAGGCAAGUCCAGCUCCAGCAGCAGUAGUACCAGCGCUGCAGCCAGAUGUAGGCCGCGCACUCCCAGAAUCAGAAGACAAAUGCAGAGAGACUUUACAGCAGCCACAGAAUCUGAACAGUCUGUAGAUGUGGAAGCCAGGGCAGGAGCAGUAGGUGACGUGAAGCCAGCAGCAGCACCAGCGGCGAACCAGGACCUUCUGGACUCCAUCCUGACAGACAGCCCCAAAAGCGUAGACUCUAGCGGCAUCUUCGCCCCCUACAACUCAUACAACUCCCCUGUGGAGAGCGUCGGUUCUCACAACGGUUACUCCAGCACGGUCAGCAGCAGCGUCACCUCCUCCGACUACAACACUGGACGACCGGGACUACAGGCCCCGCCCCCAACUCCACCCCUCUCACGCCCACGGGCAGCUAGUGUCACGCCUUCCGCCACCCUCCGCCACAUGGGGGGGCAACACACGUCACAUGCUCAGUCUGAUCAGGAUGACCUAGAAUUCAAACGUCCGUUUGACCCAGUCCCCCACAAGAUGGCAGCUCAGUCACGAUGUCUCACCAAGAACCAAGGAGUGAGUGCCAGCUCUAUUGCUAUCACCCCCCAGAAGCCCAUGUCUGUGCGCAGUGACCCUCUGGCCAAUCAGUCAACCAUUUUUGCCGUACCUCCAGGUGUUGUCACCGGUCCACCAAAGAUCAAAGACAAAAAAUCGCUGGUUCGUAAGCUGAAAAAGUUUAGCAGUAAUUUUUACAAAAAAACUGAAAAAAUUCACACCCUUGCUAACUUGUAGUUUGUUUUGGGUUUUUUAAAUUCUUUUGUAAUAUCUUUGUACAUUUUAUACGUAUGGUGGGCUGGAAUGCUUCACAUUUUUAUUAUACCCUCAUAGUUUCACUCAGGAGAAGAAAAUAUUUACUUAUUUCAAUUUGAAAAGAUUUAUUGGAACAGAUUUAGGUUGUUGAAUGGGAGACAAGAAGUUUUGUUUCUGUACAUAUAUAGAAAUACAUUGCCACAGAGUGAGCCUUGGUUAUUGUCUUUGUUCCAAUGAGUGUGUGAUUACACUUGGGUUUUGUCUACAUAAAGCACAGGGUAAUGCUCUAUGUGACUAUAUACUAUACACCUGUAACAAAAGGGCCCAUAUGUGACUAUAUGCAGCAUACAGGCUUUUACAGAUUCGGUAUCGUUUUUUACAUAUAUCCAUUUAAUUUGCACAUGUCAGAUCAUUUUAUGUACAGCUGUGAAAACUUGUGUGCUGUUUGAUUAUUCCAAUUCAUGCACGGAGAAGUUAUAUGCUAUUUAAAUAUAUAUUAUACCUGAAUACAUAAGCCAAGAAGGCAAGAUAAAUGUAUGUUCAUUGCCAUAAACUGUAUGAUAAAUUUGUGUUUUUGUUGCAGGAAGUGAGGGGGGGGGGAUUUUUUUUUCGUUUACUUUCUGCGUGAUUACAUAUUUUCCCUAUCCUUUAGAAAGUUUGAAAUGCCAAGUCUCAGAUUUAGAUUAUUUCGCUUUUGCAGUUAUUUAUUGAGCAGUAUGUGCUCAUAGAUGGGAUUUGUUUGUAUUCAGUCGUUUAUUUUGUUUUUUUUGGUUUUGUUUUUUCUGAAGUCAUGUGAAAAGUUUUGACAAUCAGACGGACUGCUCAGACUGCAGUGUAUUGUUAAACUUACUAAAUAUUUAUUUUGUUUUUUUGCUUUGUUUUGUAGAGUACGUGAACACAUACCAUCUUGUUGGCUUUGUUUACCCAUGAAGCUGGCCCCUAUAUUUCACUGGAUGAAGAAAACAUUCAAGUUGCAUUAGCUCUGAUUGUGAAAUCUUUGUUUGUAUAUUUUGAUUUUACUGACCUUGUCUGAUGGAGCUGUUAGGGCUAUAUUCAGAGGAGUGUUUUCAAAUUUCCUGAUGAACAAAUUGUUUAUGAACCAAUAAAAUAUAUUCUGUGUAUGUAUUCAGAUCUGCAAAUUACAAUAAUUUAAAUGGUAAUGAUGAGGUAGUCUCCAGCCGAGAUCCUGGUACCGUACAUGAGAUUAGGUUAUAAUUGUGUGACGGAUGUUAGACAAAUAGGAUCUAAGACAGAUUAGGGGGAACAACCAAUGAUCCAACAGAAAUAAGUCACAAUUACAUCCCCAUAUACUCUUCCUGCCCUCUCCUGUCUGCUUUUCGUAAUUCAUUCACACUACAAAAAUGAGGCAACUUGGAACUGGUGAGAAAAAAGGGCUAGAUGGAAGUGCAAUGCAAAAAUAUCCUCUCUCUCUUGUAAGGUGGUCAGGGAAGGAAUAUCAAUGUGGUGGUAGCUUGUCUGCAGGUUAUAGAAUCCCUCCCAUUCGAAAUUGCCACAAAAUUUUUUGGUUUUGCCCACUUACUGCCAGUGGACUGAAAGUCAAAGUGAUCCAUGAAUCACUCUCCAGACUUUACUAUCUAUAGAUCAGAUUUUGGUAUAGUCAAUGGUCAAACCGAAAAAGCAGAAUCUUUGGUUUGUUGUACCUCACCAGAGAGCAGUCAGAGCGAAGAGGAACCUACAAAGAUUAAGAAUCUCGAAAUUCCUCGCAUGCCUACCAGGAGAAUUUUAUGUUUGCAAACUCACUGUACAACAUGGUCUGUGAGACCAACUGUAUCCAUGAUGAAGUCAACUCAAGAUAAUGGCCAUUUAUGAACAGGAGUUUGACUCAGCCAAUGGUGCAAUAAGCAGAUGUGUUUUACCUCACCAGAGAGCAGUGGGGGUAGGGACUUUGCAUACAAUAUUUAAGAUAGGAAUGGAGAAAAGCUGGAGCUAAAGCAAACUGGGACAAUAUGGUGGUGGGAUCUUUGGUGGAGACUCCUGUUAUAUGCACAAUUCUGAAAAACUUUGAUUUCAUAGGCUCGUUGACAAAUGGUGAAUUCAAUUAUUAAACCAUCAUUUUCAAAAAAAAAUUGUGUAGUUUUACCAAAUAAUUAGGCCCCAGCUAUUUCUUUCGACUUUUGACAUAUUUCAUGUACAACAGUUGGCUAAUUUUGUUAUAACAGUCAACUUGAUUUUCUUUCUUUCGAUGGUAGGCCUACUAAGAAUACUGCAGAGUUAUGUUAUUUAAAUUUUUUUUUUAAUUUCUAAUAUUGUAUUGAUUCAAUAUAUAGAUCUAUUUUUUCAUUACAGGGAGAAAACCUGUUUUUAAUUUAGAUAUUUCUGACAAAUUAGUGUCGGUAAUAAUUUGGUUUAGGCUGAUGAUUUUAUAACAAUUUUCAAAUAAAUUUUUUUUGUAUUGGUUUGUACAGGCCUAAAAAUUUUGCAAUUGUUGGACAAACAAUUUUAUCUAUUUUUGUUUUAAAGGAAUGCUUUUAGACCAAUACUUACUAUAAUAUUGAACAGCAGAUGCUGAUGCAGUAAAUUUUAGAAAACUAAACAAGUUUUAGAAAUAUCUGAAAUUGUCAGAUUUUGUAUAAAUUGUAGAAAUUUAUUCAUAAUCAUACAAGUCUUAGGAAUCCUUCAGGAUUUCUUCUGCUCCAACUGAUUAUUGUGCUGUUCGUAAAGUGUUUUCAAUUCUUUUAGCAUUUCAGGAAAUCUGUCUUCCCUGUCCAGAAAGAAAAGGAAACAUUGACUUUUUGUCCUAGGUUCUAGGGAUUUUGGUCCAAUUUUCUACUCAGAGAAUUUCUGUUCAACUAGAUUCUCUUUUUUUUAAACUCUCAGAUUGUGUUUUUAAGUUUUGUUCAUAAUGUUCUCCUUGAUAGAAAGGUGAAUAGAAAGAUGCCGUAGCUGUAGUUAGUUUCAUGAAAUCUAGUGACACUGAAGGGGGAUCGAAUUUGACAAAGUCAAAGGAAGCAAGUUUAGCGGAUCUAGGCAGAAUUUGAGUAACAAAGUAAAUUAAGGCAACUGGGAAAGUUCUUGUUUUUGUUGUAGGACUGUUGCUUGCACUGAAAAAUGCUUUGAUUCUCAGCAAAGAUUUUGAUACACCAAUCAUGGUUAUCUGCACAAACAAUGGUGCCAAUACACAUUCCAGAAUAUAUUUAUGUUUAUUUGGUUUUUAAAAACUCUUGAUUCGUUCUUGAACCUGAAAUUUAGCAAUAAAAGUUAUGGAAUUU